GACAGACCGCGGCAGCCAGGCAGUGGCAUUUUGCGGGGACGCCCCCGCGAGUUUUCUUCCGUCACUGGCGAGGCCCCUCGUCCUCUCCCGGGGAAAAGGGACGGCGGCCAGCCCAGCUUAUACAUAGGGAGAUUGGGAUACAGCGCGAGGGCCAAGGAAGGGAAGGGAAGGUGCGCACCACCCUCGUGCCGCUGCUGCAACUAGUAUAGCCCGCUCGCUCGCUAGCAAGCUAACCCGCGAAGGACCUCUGGGGAUUGAUUCAUGGAGUCGCUCGUCUCCGGCUCGAGCCAUCUCUCUAGCUAGCUAGUCGUUGGUUGUUGUUGUCGUGCGAGGAAGGAGGGAGGAGGAGGAAGGGGGUGUGAGGUUGUUUGCGGGCUAGGGUUGGUUGAGCGGGCUUCGUCGAUCGGCAUGGACGCCUACGAGGCGACCAAGGUGGUGUUCGCGCGGAUCCAGGGGCUGGACCCGGACCACGCGGCCAAGAUCAUGGGGCUGCUGCUCAUCCAGGACCACGGCGAGAAGGAGAUGAUACGCCUCGCCUUCGGCCCGGAGGCGCUGCUGCUCGCCGUCAUGGCCAAGGCGCGCAAGGACCUCGGCCUGCUCCCGGCGUCCUCGGGCCCCGGCACGCCCACCUCCGCCGCGGCCACCGGCCACUCGCCCUUCAUGCUCUCGCGCCAGAACUCCGGCCGCGGCGGCGGAGGCACGGCGCCCUCGCCGCUCUCGGUCUCGUCGCCCUCCUCGUGGGCCCCGCCCCCGGUGUUCUCGAGGAGCAACAGCGUCAGCAAUGGCAGCGCCGCGGAGGAGAUGGCGGGCGUCGGGGAGGAGCUGAUGAGUCCAGCCAACGGCCCGCAGUCGCCCUUCUUCGGCGGGGGCGGGGACUCGCUGAUCCUCGACGAGCUCCACCUGCAGGACCAGCUCGCGUUCCUCAGCGAGGGAGGCAUGGGCGGGGGAGGGCGCCAGCUCCCGCUGUUCGACAACGGCGAGUGCCGCAGCCCCAGCGGCGGCGACGGAGGGCUCUUCCCGUACGGCGCCGGGUGGGCCAACGGCGGGCCGGGGCACCGCAGGAGCGCGUCGGUGAGCGAGCUCUGCUUCGGGGGCGGCGACGGCCUCGGCUGGAAGCCGUGCCUCUACUACGCGCGCGGGUACUGCAAAAACGGGAGCGCCUGCCGGUUCGUGCACGGCGGCUUCCCCGACGACCUCGCCGGCGCGAAGAUGGACCAGGCCGCCGUGGAGCAACAGUGCCAGGACUUCCUCCUCCGCUCCAAGUCCCAGCGCCUGGCCGCGGCCGCCGGCUUCGCCUACUCGCCCACCGGCUCCCUCCCUGGCUCCCCCUCCGCGGCGAGCAAGUGCCUCAGCUUGCUCCUGCAGCAGCAGCAGCAGCAGCAAAACGACGGCCAAAGGGCCGCGGCCGCGGCUGCCGCAGCGGCGUUGAUGCUGGGCGGCGACGAGGCGCACAAGUUCAUGAACCGCCCCCGUCUCGACCGCGGCGACUUCGCCAGCAUGAUGAACCCGGGGUCCCGGCAGAUUUACCUCACCUUCCCGGCGGACAGCACCUUCCGCGAGGAGGACGUCUCCAACUACUUCAGCAUCUACGGCCCUGUCCACGACGUGCGCAUCCCCUACCAGCAGAAGCGCAUGUUCGGGUUCGUCACCUUCGUCUACCCGGAGACGGUGAAGCUGAUCCUGGCCAAGGGCAACCCGCACUUCAUCUGCGACGCGCGCGUGCUCGUCAAGCCCUACAAGGAGAAGGGAAAGGUCCCCGACAAGUUCAGGAAGCAGCAGGGCGAGAGAGUGGACUUCUCCAGCUGCGGGUCUCCAACCGGGCUGGACGCCAGAGACCCCUUCGAUCUCCACCAGAUUGGUGCGAGGAUGCUGCAGCACUCCAACAGCGCCAACGAGAUGCUGCUGAGGAGGAAGCUGGAGGAGCAGCAGCAGGCGGUGGAGCUGCAGCAGGCGAUCGAGCUUCAGAGCCGGCGCCUCAUGGGGCUGCAGAUGCUCGACCUCAAGACACGCUCGGCCGCGGCUGCCGCCGCCGCCACCGCGCCGACUCCCAUCGCCAAGCCGUUCAGCCCCACCCACACGACUGCCACCACCCCUACCCUCGAGUCGCCGCCCGAUUCCGGUAUUACCUGGGAGCAAGGCAAUGGCUGCGGCUUCCUUUUUCCUCACAAGAAUGCGGUCAACGGAGCUGAUAAGGAUGAAACCUCAGGCGAUUCCACCACCAGCCCUAACACUGACAGUGACCAAAGCGCGGAGCAUAAUCUCCCGGACAGCCCGUUCGCGUCGCCAACCAAGUCGGGGGCAUUCGCCCGUGAUGCUUUCGCGCGAACCGAUGCGGAGAUCGCCGCCGCCACCGCUUCGACUGGUUGCAACGCAGCCUACAACGGCAAUGGCACCAGGAAUGGCGGCAUUACUAACCAUCUCCUGCCCCCUGCAUUGGACAUACCUUCACCAAAACCUUACUUCUUCCCCAUGUCCAGGCUGUCCUCCGAUCACGGCGCGAUCGGGAUGUAAAGUAGCGCUGAAUGGAAGUGAGUGAUACUACUACUGCCUAAUCAUAGAAUACUAGCAGCAAAGAAAAAGGAAUAGUGCAACAUAGGAAAAAAGAGUGAACAAGUUGCAGCAUAGUUUUAGUUUCAGCAGCCCCCCCCCCCCCCCCCUUUUUUUUUUUUUACUUUUUCAACCUUCACCUCUCUUCAAUUUGAUGGUGCCAGCUGAUUCAAACCACAAGAGGAGAAGGACAAAAAAUACUACCACUACUAGCAACCCCAAGGCUUUUUUUAAAACAGAGUGUCAGAUACGUUAGGCCCCCCCUCCUAUUAUCUCCACCAUAUGCAUUAGUUACUGUUAGUUGAUUAUUAUUACUACUACUAGUACUACCAACCAAUACUAUUACCACCAACCCGCCAUUGAUGUGCCACCAAAGCUCCUGGCAAGCCAAGCCAAGCCACCGCCACCAUAAUAGCCAACUAGCCCUCAUGUUAGUAGUAGUGGUUCGUAGCACAUUAGGUGUGAUGUUUAGCCAAAAGUACAAAGGAAUACUACCACAAUGUAUGAGAUUAUUAUUACACUAGUGCUCUGCUCGCUGUAUUGCAAGACAGUGCAACAGGAUACCACAAGUGACAGGCAGGGAGGCAUAGCUAGCUAGCCGUGUUGGUUGUUUACGUAUGUAUAAUUUCACUUGAUGAAUGAAGAUAAUGAACAGGUC